UCCUCUGCCCCUGCCAGUUCACACGUUCCUUAUGCAGCCUGCUCUGCCAGUCCAACACGUUCCCAGUUUCCUCUGGCAGUCUGGCAAGCCACUUAGCCAGUGACCAUGAUGACCACGAACACCCAGGAAACCCAGCGAUCCCUCGUCGCAGGCUCCGUCAUCAUUUUUUUUCUCCUCUUUAUAUUUAUCACCGGUGUAUCCGAUGAACUGAAGCAUCGUCGGACGAAUUUCCUCGGCGAGAAGCAAACAGAUCUCGAUACAAGUUUUCCGGACUUUUCCCAAUACAAACUUGCUCGAACUCUAAGUAAAGAAGAGUUCCCUAUUCAUGGCAAGCGUGACCGCAUCAUCACAGUUGGGGAUAUCCAUGGAAGGAAUGACUCUCUAGGGGGGGGCGUCAGCGGUUCCGUUGCAGUCCUCUCCUUUAUGUCCUCCAAUAACAUAACCGGCGUCAGAGGUAACAACGAUCAAACAGUCAUCGAAUGGAGGGCAUGGAGAGACUGGAUACAGUCUCUCCCUGGUGGGCGAGAAUGGCUCGAUAAAAUCGACAGCGAGCACCCCAUAGGUGACGAUGAUGGCGAUGACGACGACGAUGACGACGAUGACGACGAGCUGCAUGUAGCGUUCUGGUCUGUCCUCUCCAACAAAGAAUGGGAGGACAAAGUGCCGAAGGGGUGGAAGCUUUUCCAAAGGCAUUACAACGUUGCCAGAGCCAUGUCCCAGGAACACUACGACUACCUGCGCUCCUUGCCAAUCGUCAUUCACGCGCCAGCCGGCCAUACAUACUUCGUCCAUGCUGGGAUGCUUGCUGCAGAUCCGAAACGCGAACUCAAGCACCCUAAACAACCUUUGUCUCAUUGGCCGGCCACACGCACUUCGAAGCCGAAGGAGGCGCUCCUUCGUAGUUUGCAAGAGGUUGCACUAUUGAACGACGUUCCGCAGAACAAAGAUCCGUGGGUAUUGAUGAACAUGCGGAGCGUCGCGGAUGACGGGUCGGUAGCGAAGGGAAGGAAGGGAACUCCUUGGCCCGAACUGUGGAACGACGUAAUGGACCGGUGCGAAGGUAUCGUUGCUGAUAAACUGUCCACUACAGGACUACAGUUCGCUAUAUCGACUGAAGAGGGUGAUGUGAAGCCGUCUCCAUUACCUUGCUUUCCAUCUAUGAUAGUCUAUGGUCAUAUUGCAGCCCGCGGCCUCGACGUGAGAAGAUGGUCAGUUGGCCUGGACUCUGGUUGUGUGUAUCAUCGCAGACUUUCAGCUCUUGUUCUCGAUAAAGCAUCGUUUCUAGUGCGAUACGAGGAUGUUUAUUUAGAAGAUGCUACGCGUCCCAGCGACGAGCAUUCACCAUCCCUUCAGUACGGAGAUGAUGGAAGAGCACGCAUCGUCAGUGUAGAGUGUUGACGUUGGGCCUCCUUUCAAACCCGGGAAACGACACAUCACAUUCGACGACACGUAUUUUACAUAUCGAGCUUUGUUAUUGCAUACGGAGAAGCAUGGUAGGUCAAGCGAUGAACAUAAUGUUAGUAUCCUGUGGACAAUGCGUGUGGAAUGAGCACGGUUCGCAGUACUCGUUGCGCCCGUAAGGAGACGCACCAUAGGAUGAGAGCAGGAUAGCUAACCUCAGUUAUCAGACAUGGAACCCAAGAAUAGGCAGCUGUCUGACGUACCUGCGGUUUUUGUCCAUACCUACCGUUGCGAAGGAUAUCUCUGGCAGCAUGUCAAAUACAG